AGCACCAUGGCCAGCAUCAAUGAGCUGCCUGAGGAAGUGCUCCUGGAGUUGUUCUCCCUGGUGCCAGCCCGGGAGCUGCUGAGGCGCUGCCGGCCAGUCUGCAGCCUCUGGAGGGACCUCAUCGACCAGGUGUCCCUGUGGAAACGCAAGUGCCUGCGAGAGGGCUUCAUCUCCGAGUACCAGGACAAGCCAGUAGCUGGCUGGAAGGUCUUCUACUUCCUCUGCAGCCUCCACAGGAACCUGAUCCACAACCCCUGUGGCAAAGAUGGGUUCAAUUUUUGGGAAAAUGAGCAGAGAGCAGAAAAUCAUUGGAGCAUACAAGACAUAUCUGGAUUCCAUGGAAAGGAGUUUCCAGACCCCCGAGUCAGGAAAUGCUUCCUAGCUGACUAUGGUGAUUGUCUCAAGUCUCAGCUGGUGGACCUGAAAGCCGAGGGCUAUAGUGAAGAACUGAUGGACACAGUGAGGCCAGACAUUGUGAUCAAGGACUGGUUUGCUGUCACAUCAAACUGUUGCUACAACUAUUACAUCUGUGUGCACUUGCUAUGUGAUGACUUUGAGACCCUGGAUAUGUUCGAGCUCACACAGGUCGUGGUUGAUGGAAGGCACAACUCUGAGUGGAAAGAGGUCUCCCACACAUUCUCCAACUACCCCCCAGGAGUCCGUCACAUCUACUUCCAGCAUGGCCAGAGGGACACUCAGGGCUGGCCUGUGUGGUUUGGCUACCUAUUCACCAACAGCAGCAUCACCAUUGGUCCUGAGAUCACCAGGAUGCCCAGUUGUGCAGAAGAACCAGCCAGAUGCAACAACUAG